AGCCCCGGACGGCCGCCGCGCGGGCAGCGCCUGGGCCUCGCUUUUUCCCCUGCAGCGAGGCAGCGGCGCGCGGGGCCGGCGGCGGUUGUGGGGCCGUUUCGUCCCCUCCCGGGCAGCGGCUGGGAGCCGGGACCGCCGCCCGGGUAUUUGGGGGGCAUCGGGCUCGGUGGGGCUGGGGAUCCAGCAAACGCUUCGGGCUUCCCCGGUCCGGUGUGGGCAGCGCCAUGGGGAUCCAGGGCUUGCUGCAGUUUCUCAAGGAGGCCGCCGAGCCCGCGCACGUGAAGAAGUACCGGGGGCAGGCGGUGGCUGUGGACACCUACUGCUGGAUGCACAAAGGCGCCUAUGCCUGCGCCGAGAAGCUGGCCAAGGGGGAGCCGACGGAUCAUUAUGUAGCUUUCUGUAUGAAACUUGUUGAUAUGCUCCUCUCAUUUGGAAUUAAACCAAUUUUGGUAUUUGAUGGAUGCACCCUACCUUCUAAAAAGGAAGUGGAAAAGGCCAGACGAGAGAAGCGUCAAGCUGGUCUUCUGAAGGGGAAGCAGUUGUUGCGGGAAGGGAAACUUUCAGAAGCUAGGGAAUGUUUUGCACGCAGUGUAAAUGUUACCCAUGCUAUGGCUCAUGAAGUCAUUAAAGCUGCACGAGCCCAUGGAGUUGAUUGUAUUGUGGCUCCUUAUGAAGCUGAUGCUCAGUUGGCUUAUCUUAAUAAGGCUGGCUUGGUUCAAGCUAUAAUUACAGAAGAUUCUGAUCUUUUAGCUUUUGGAUGUAAAAAGGUGUUUUUGAAAAUUGACAAGUUUGGAAAUGGACUAGAAAUAGAUCAAGCUCGAUUAGGAAACUGCAAGCAGCUUGGAAAUCUUUUCACAGAAGAGAAAUUCCGCUACAUGUGUAUUCUUUCUGGUUGUGACUACCUCCCAUCAAUCCAUGGAAUUGGGUUAGUUAAAGCAUGCAAGUUGCUAAAACUUGCUAACAAUCCAGAUAUUAUAAAGGUUAUUAAGAAAAUGGGGCAUUACUUGAAGAUGAAUAUAACCGUAUCAGAAGAAUACAUACAGGGUUUUACACGUGCCAAUAAUACAUUCCUUUAUCAGUUAGUUUUUGAUCCUGUCAACAGAAAAUUAGUUCCUCUGAAUGUGUAUGCUGAUGAUAUUGAUCCAGAAACACUAAUUUAUGCAGGACGACACUUUGGUGAUACAACUGCUUUUCAAAUUGCCAUUGGCAAUAUUGAUAUUGAUACAAUGGAAUGCAUCGACAACUAUAACCCUGAUACUGCACAGCCUAUGCAGCAGAGAAGUCGUGACUGGAAUGACAGACAUGCUAAUCAUAUAAAUAGCAUUUGGAGCAGAGACUACAAGCUUGGCCCUAGUACAGAUACUGUUCCUCAUAUAACUCAUUUACCUGAGAAAUCAACAACCAAAGGCACUGAGAAGAAAAUCAGUAUCAAAGGGUUAAAACUUCCGGGCAAAGAGCUCUUAGCAAAAAGGCGAAGAAGUGAUUUGGAAGAACUCUCGGAUGGAGAUCUGUUGAACCAGUAUUCAUUUUCAAAAGCGAAAAAAUUCAAGGAGGAAAGUGAUGAAAAUGCUCAGCCACAAAAUAACGUCUCUGCAAUACGAAGCAGUGAUUCUUCAGGGAAUUCUGCCACUAAAGAAAACUCUAACUCCCUGCCCAGAGUUAGAAAUACAUUUGCUUCCUUUCUGCAAAGGAAAAACAAGCAGAGGGAUGCUGUAGUUGUUCCAGGAACAAGAAGCAGGUUUUUCUGCAAUGAAGCAGAUGAGCUUGAUUGUAGAGCAAAGGAUGACAGUGAUCAAAUUCAAGAUGUUGAGGGGGAUUGCAAGAAACAGGAGGCAAAACAUGUAGCAGAAGAUGCUUCUCUGUUUUCAGGAACUGAAAAAACAAGGACUACCUCAUCGCUUCCUGGAGAAACACAGAAAAGUUGCUUCCGGUGGUUUAGCAGCCUUGGAAAUAAUUCAGGAAAUCCUUGUCUAUCUCAUAUUGUAUCUUCACAGCACUUUGACCAACAGAGAAGCAACUGUGUGGCAUCCCAGGCAGAUGACAUUAAUGGAGUACAAGCAGAGAGUGGGGUGGUGUGUGAAUCGGAUGAGGAAUCCUCCCCCUUAACAGAACUGAACUGUUCCUCGCAGUCUCAAGGGUCUUGUGAGCCAUCAGAAUGUAAUUUGGAGUCUCCAAAGACACCCCCAGUGUGUAACAACAAUUCAGAAACAGAAGAAUUUAGCUCUACUUCAAAACUGGCUGAUAAUCGAUGUACUCAGAGGCCUCCAGUAACUUCUGCUGUUCAAACUGACAGAAAGAAUAUGGUAGUAAAGAUCAAGGUUCCUGGCUUACACAAAUCCAGUUCAGUAGGGUCACGUAUUGUGACAAAACUCAAGCCAUUGAUACCAGCUAAAGUAAGUGGAUUAAGAAAGAAACUGUCACCUGUGCAGAAGAGAAAUCACUGUGAUGCUGAAAAUAAGCUGGGACUGCAAGCCACCAUUAGUGAACUAUGGAAAAAUUUCCAGUUUAAAAGAGAUUAUGAAAAACUUCCUUCUUGUAAAAAGUCAGAUCCGUUGUCUCCAAUCAAAGAUAACAUCCAGCUCACUCCAGAAACAGAAGAAGAAAUCUUUAAUCAUCUUGAACAUAGUCAUGUUCAGAGAGCUAUAUUCCAAUGAAUUGUAUGCUGUGCAUAGUAGAAUUCAUUUUUAAUCAUUGUCAAAAUUUAUCUUCUGGAUCUUGUCAAUAUCAACAAGAUGUUUGAAAAUCAACUGUAUGUUUUAGUCUGACUUGAUUUGUCAUCUCUUUUUAUAAAAGCAAGUUGAAAUGUACAGUUUUAUACAGACUGGAAUAAAGCCUUCAUUGUCUCUGUUA